AUGUGCUUGCAUCGACUAUGGAAGGAGCAACGUGCUGAUUGUCAAGCACUGUCCAUCACCGCCAAGCCCACGGAACUGUAUGAUGACCUCAAUGAGACGGUGCUGGAUCCGCUGUACGUCUCGAAAUUGCUCGGUUGA